UCUUCAUUGCUACUCCUGAUUUUCCCUGCCCUCACGGCUACAAAAUCCAUGGCAGAAUCCACUGCGCAAUCUAAACGAUUGGUUGCCAAAUUGAUUCACAGGGAUUCUGUUGUCUCUCCAUAUUACAACUCCAACGACACAGUUGUGGAGCAACUAGAACGAUCUAUGAAAGCCUCAGCUGCCCGGCUUGCCUUCUUGUAUGCACAGACUGAAAGAUACAUUAUUGACAUGAAUGAUCACUUUCAGCUCAGCCUUCUUCCCAGUGCCUCUGAACCCUUGUUCUUGGUAAGUUUUUCCAUGGGACACCCACCUAUUCCACAACUAACAAUAAUGGACACAGGAAGUAGCCUCUUAUGGGUGCAAUGUGCCCCUUGUAAGCGUUGUUCCCAGCAAAAUGGUCCAUUGCUAGACCCCUCAAAAUCAUCCACAUAUGCUAGCUUAUCAUGUAACAACCCCUUGUGCCGCCAUGCCCCUGGUGGCGACUGCAACUGGUUGAAUCAAUGUGUGUAUAAACAAACUUAUGUAGAUGGUCUACCAUCAGUUGGAGUUCUUGCUACCGAACAACUUGUCUUUCAGAAUUCAGAUGGAGGCACAAACGCUGUGCCUGAUGUAGUAUUUGGGUGCAGUCAUGAGAAUGGGAAUUACAAAGACAGGCGUUUCACUGGUGUCUUUGGAUUGGGAAAUGAAAUCACAUCUUUUGUAACUCAAAUGGGUUCUAAAUAUUCUUAUUGCAUUGGCAAUAUUACUGAUCCUAACUAUAGAUAUAACCAUUUGGUUUUAGGCGAUGGAGCGAAUAUUGAAGGCUAUUCAACACCUAUUGAAGUAAUAGGCGGCCAUUACUACAUUACUCUGGAAGGCAUUAGUGUUGGAGAGAAAAGACUAGUCAUAGAUUAUUCUAAUGCAUUUAGUUGGGAAGAGAAGAGGAAACGAGUAAUAAUUGAUUCUGGAACUGCAAUAACUUGGCUAGCAGAAAAUGUGUACAGAGCACUUGACAAUGAAGUUCGCAGUCUACUGGAUGCGGUCCUGAAACCAUUCAGGAGGGAGUCAUUUCUCUGUUACAAGGGAAGUGUGAGCCAAGACCUUUUUGGGUUUCCAAUGGUGACAUUUCACUUUUCAGGGGAAGCAGAUUUGGUGUUGGACAGCGAAAGCUUGUUCUAUCAGGCCACUGCAGAUGUAUUUUGCAUGGCGGUGAGGCAAGCUAGUGCCUAUGGCAAUAAUUUCAAAGAUUUCUCUGUGAUAGGGUUAAUGGCUCAGCAGUACUACAAUAUGGCUUAUGAUCUUAGCCAGUAUAAGUUGUUCUUCCAGAGGAUUGAUUGUGAGCUCCUUGUUGACUGAAUUGGGAAAAUUUGUAACACAGUAACCAUACUAUUUCCUGUAAAAAAUUCUAUGCAUUCAUAUAUUUGUCAAAAUUGAUUAUAGUACUAUAAGUAAAAAUUGGCAAGGAACCAGUG